UUCAACUAUAGUACAUAAAUUAGUAAUUUAUAAUACCCCUAGUUUAUCUGAACAUCCAAGGCCACUUUGAAUCUUAUAUCUCUUUCAUUUCCCACUUCCAAGGGUGUGCAACAAUUUGAUUUUGAUCCAAGUAAUUCUUUUACUUGUUUGAUAAAAAAAAAAGUUCCAAAGAUCAGACUGAACUCUAAAUAAAUCCAAAUUGUUGCAUCCCUUAAGGCCUUAACCAACUUUUUUUUAGCCAUUUCUCUUCAAAACCUCGUUAAAUUCUGAAAAACACAGAGGUACACCAUAGAAACACCAUACUAAAAUGAUAUACAAAGUAGCGAACGCAUCAGAAUACUUAGUAAUAACCGGUGUAGGCAUCCAUGACAUAAAGCUCGCGAAGAAGGCAUGGAUUAUACCCAGGGGGCAAUCAUGCACCAAAUUCGACAUAUCUCCAGUGAACUACACAUUCGAGGUUCAAGCCAUGAGUUCGGAGAAGCUGGCAUUUAUCCUGCCAGCAGUGUUCACCAUAGGGCCUAGGUCCGAAGAUCACGAUAGCCUGGUUAAGUAUGCUAAGCUUAUUGCUCCUUAUGAUAAGCAAUCCCGCCACGUUGAAGACCUUGUUCAAGGUGUGAUCGAGGGCGAAACACGAGUGUUGGCUGCCUCCAUGACUAUGGAGGAGGUUUUCAGUGGUGCUAAGAGGUUUAAGGAGGAAGUUUUUGAAAAAGUGCAGCGUGAACUUAAUCAGUUUGGGCUUGUUAUUUAUAAUGCUAAUAUCAAACAAUUGGUUGAUAUUCCUGGCCAUGAGUAUUUUUCUUAUUUGGGACAGAAGACUCAGAUGGAGGCUGCUAAUCAGGCUAAGGUGGAUGUUGCGGAAGCAAAAAAGAAGGGAGAGAUUGGAGAAAAAUUGAGAAAAGGGCAAACAUUGCAAAAUGCAGCAAAAAUUGAUGCAGAAACAAAGAUUUUGUCAGUGCAAAGAAUUGCAGAAUCAAAAAAGGAGGAGAUAAAGGUGAAAGCAGAGGUGCAAAUAUAUGAGAAUCAAAGGGACGCUGAGGUGGCAGAUGCAAAUGCUGAGUUGGCAAUGAAGAAAGCUGGUUGGACAAAAGAUUCCCAGGUUGCUGAGGUGGAAGCAGAAAAAGCAGUCAAAUUGAGAGAAGCAGAGUUGCAAAGAAAGGUUGAGAUGAUGAAUGCUUUGACUCACACUGAAAAGUUGAAGGCUGAGUUUUUGAGUAAAGCUAGUGUUGAAUAUCAGACUAAGGUUCAAGAAGCAAAUUGGGAGCUAUACCAACAACAAAAGGUAGCGGAAGCAACUCUAUUCAAGCAAGAAAAAGAAGCAGAAGCACAAAAAGCACUUGCUAAAGCAUCAUUUUAUACUCGUCAACAAGCAACUGAUGCAGAGCUCUAUACAAAGGAAAAGGAAGCUGAAGGUAUACUAGCACUUGCUGAUGCACAAGGGACAUAUUUGCGCACCUUAUUAGAGGCACUUGGUGGAAAUUAUGUUGCAUUAAGGGAUUACAUGAUGAUUAACAAUGGCAUGUUUCAAGACAUUGCUAAGAUCAAUGCUGGUGCUAUUAAGGGCUUGCAACCUAAUAUCAGCGUGUGGACAAAUGGUGGCGGUGAUGGUGGCACUGCAAUGGGAGAAGUCGCUAAUAUAUAUCGAACGUUGCCGCCAUUGUUCAAGACUGUUCAAGAGCAAACUGGCAUGGUCCCUCCUACAUGGUUGGGCACUGUUAAGGACAAAAAUACAAGGGCACAUCAUAGAAAAAACCGCGGAAAAAUGAUGUUCAGAGUAGCUAACGCAUCAGAAUACUUAGUAAUAACCGGUGUAGGCAUCAAAGACAUAAAGCUAGCCAAGAAGGCAUGGGUUCUACCAGGGCAAUCAUGCACCAAGUUCGACAUCUCUCCAGUCAACUACACCUUCGAGGUGCAGGCCAUGAGCUCGGAGAAGCUGCCAUUCAUCCUUCCAGCGGUCUUCACCAUAGGGCCUAGGGCCGACGACGACGAAUCCCUGGUUAAGUAUGCCAAGCUUAUUGCUCGCCAUGAUAAGCUAUCCCACCUUGUAGAGGAGCUUGUUCAAGGUGUGAUCGAGGGCGAGACACGAGUUUUGGUAGCCUCCAUGACUAUGGAGGAGGUUUUUAGUGGUGCUAAGAAGUUUAAGCAAGAAGUUUUUGAGAAGGUGCAACUUGAACUUAACCAAUUUGGGCUUGUUAUUUAUAAUGCUAACAUCAAACAAUUGGUUGAUAUUCCUGGCCAUGAGUAUUUUUCUUAUUUGGGACAAAAGACUCAAAUGGAGGCUGCUAAUCAGGCUAAGGUGGAUGUUGCGGAAGCAAGGAAGAAGGGAGAGAUAGGGGCAAAAUUGAGGGGUGGACAGACAUUGCAAAAUGCAGCAAAAAUAGAUGCAGAAACGAAAAUAAUAUCAGUGCAAAGAAUUGGAGAAGCAAAGAAGGAGGAGAUAAAGGUGGAAGCAGAAGUGCAAAUAUAUGAUAAUCAAAGAGUGGCUGAGGUGGCAAAAGCAAAUGCUGAGUUGGCAAUGAAGAAAGCUGGUUGGACAAAAGAAGCACAGGUUGCUGAGGUGGAAGCAGACAAAGCUGUCAAACUCAGAGAAGCAGAGUUGCAAAGAGAGGUUGAAGUGAUGAAUGCUUUGACUCAAACUGAAAAAUUAAAGGCUGAGUUCUUGAGUAAAGCUAGUGUUGAAUAUGAGACUAAGGUGCAAGAAGCAAAUUGGGAGUUGUAUCAACAACAAAAGGCAGCGGAAGCAACUUUAUUUAAGCAAGAAAAAGAAGCAGAAGCACAAAAAGCACUUGCUGAAGCAUCAUUUUAUACUCGUCAACAAACAGCCGAUGCUGAACUUUAUUCGAAACAAAAAGAAGCCGAAGGAAUACUAGCACUUGCUCAAGCACAAGGCACAUACAUACGCACCUUAUUAGAGGCGCUUGGGGGAAAUUAUGUUGCACUAAGGGACUACAUGAUGAUCAAUAACGGCAUGUUCCAAGACAUUGCCAAGAUCAAUGCUGAUGCUAUCAAGGGCUUACAACCUAAGAUUAGUGUGUGGACAAACGGUAGUGGCAGUGGUGGUGAGGUGGCUGGUGGCACUGCAAUGGCGGAGGUCGCUAAUAUUUAUCGGACAUUGCCGCCACUGUUCUCUACAGUUCAAGAACAAACUGGAAUGGUUCCGCCUGCAUGGUUGGGCACCCUCAAGUAGAUUGUUCUUUUCGCACAUUUGAUUGAAAUGUUGUUCCAUGUAUGAACAUUAUUGUGAAUUGUGAUGUUAUAUUAUUUUGCUUGGGUUUUUGUUGUGGAAUAUUCUAAUUAUUUGAAUAAUGUCUUAGUCAAAUUGUAAAUGUACUUCUUGUAAUGCUAUUCACAUUUUAAAGCAAAUAUUAAU